AUGCAGCUAGAUGGGCAGAGUUGGUGGCUCCUAGUUGUGGUGGACCACGCGACGCGGUACAUGGGAGCGUGGAUAACGAGCACGGUCACAGCUGCGCAGACGGCUCACAUCUUCUUGCGGGGCUGGGUGACACCGUUCGGUGUUCCGCGAGUGGUUUUGACGGAAAACGGCACGAGCUUCAGGGGGGCGUUCCAUGACAUGGUGGCUGGCGCGUUGGGCUGCGUCCAUCUGACGACGGCAACAUAUAGGCCGCAAGGGAACGGCAUCCACGAAGCCUCCCACAAGGCGCUCAGAAGCGGGUCCAAAGCGCUGUGGCAAGAAGGACACCGCGACCUGGGUAGGAUGGUGGCGGCGGUCUGUCGCACGCACAAUACGACACCGCACAUCAGCACAGGUGUGACGCCGUACGAGGCCUUAUUCGGAAGACCACCGUACUUCGCGCGGUUGCAAGAGGUAACCGGCACAAUGACAGAGGAGCAGAGGAGCAGAGGAAACAGAGCCUGGCGGCACAGAUGCGUGAGAGGUUGCAAAGGGCCAUGCUCGCAGAUAGGCCGAUCGAGGAGCCGGGCGCGGAUGACCUACGGGUAG